CUCGGGAUCCGUGGUGAUUUGUCGCAGGCGUGCGUUUUUCGUCACGUCCCGGAGCAGACGUUAAUCCGCGCGAUGCGGACGCUGAUGGAUGGAGUCUGAAGGGCCGCCGAAGCAACACCCGAAAGCGUCCCGGACACGACCCGGAGCACAGACUCGCCGCGGAAUGAAGCAUCUUUCCUGCUGUGAUCCAGAGAAAGCUCCUCAAUGCGUGUUCAUUCACAUCUUCACAUGAUAUCGAAAAAAUGCAUCAUUUCGAUUCAUGCAGUCUAUUUCUAGAAAUAUAGCUGUGCUCUUUUGACUGAAACAAGGCGCAUUUACACACAAAUACAUUUAUCACUGAACGUUUUUAGGGAACGCUUUCUAGAGUAUUACUAGACUUUCCGCGUAAUAUCUUUAUAUUCUUCAUAAUAUCUUAUUGUAGCGACCCCAAACCUCCAGUCUGAGAAUUAGUCGACAUACACUUAGAUCCAGACCAGACCAGGUCUGAAGCGGACUGUCAAACUAAAGCCGGCUUUUAUAUGUCAGACGCUGAUUAUCGCUCGAUUAAAACAUUCACAUCGAAGCGAGCUGAUAAAAGUCGUGACAGAGGGAGCGAGCUUUCUGCCCGACUCCUGAUCGGAGGACAUGAUUCCUCGAGUCCCGACUCGAAGGGGCCUCGCGCGCGCUCUUAAAUAAAGCCCAUUAUUCGCGCGAUCGAAUUAAAGCUCAUCUCACGCGACCGAGCAGAGCCGCAUCGAAGCUGAAACAAUCCCACAAUUCAUUUAGCUCCUGAAAACUCGCCCGUUCUCGCCUUAACGACGUUAGUCUUAAUAGCCAUUAAUAGUCGUUUAUUUAUCGUUGUAUCCGAGCACGCUGAGCGGAACGCGCUCUUAAAAAUCAAGGUGCCUUACAAGGGCCUUUUUUUUGUCUAAAUGGUUACAGGAAAACCUUUGUGGCCAAAUCUUCGGAUGCCAAAAAGGCAAUGAAGAGAUUUUCAGCUUUGUUCAUAUCGUUACCAGUAAGUUCAUUAAUAUUACUCGAUGCUACAUCAUAACCACGACGCUUUAAAUAAAGAGAAGCUUAGGCUGGACGGAAUCAAACCUUUCUGUUUGUAAGAUUGUAAACACAGGAAGAUUUCAAAGGAGCUGAUAUAAAGAAGGAAACUGACCACGAGGAGGAGGAGGAUGAUGAUGAUGAUGAUGAUGAUGGAAAGGGUUAACGCGGAGGUGCAUUAGAGAUGCAUGGAGGAGCAGAGGGGAGGAGGCGCUCAGCGCUGAGACAUUGUCAUGCAAACAGAGACCACCGCCUCGCCAUUGUCUCCCGGACACCAACUUUAUUAUAAACACACCGCGAGCCGCCCGCCGCAGCAGAGCACCGGAGCACCGGCACCGAGAGGCACGCGCUGGAUACCGCGAGAAAAGCACGCGUUCCGCUGGAGUUCGACGCCGCAACCGGAGCUUUCGCGUCUCCGCCCGCGCUCCACAUGUACAAAAUGGAUUACUCGUAUCUGAACACGUACGACUCGUGCAUGGCGGCGAUGGAGGCGUCGGCGUACGCGGACUUUAACUCGUGCAGCCAGGCCAACUCGUUCCAGUACAACCCGAUCCGGACCGGCUUCAGCUCCAACCCGGGCUGCGCUCCGCUCGGUUCCGCCAGCUGCACCCUGGGCGCGCUGAGAGAGCACCAGCCCGCGCCUUACAGCACAGUGCCCUACAAGUUCUUCUCGGACCCGUCGGGUCUGAACGAGAAGCGCAAGCAGCGGCGGAUCCGCACGACCUUCACGAGCUCUCAGCUGAAGGAGCUCGAGCGCGUCUUCGCGGAGACGCAUUACCCAGACAUCUACACGCGGGAGGAGCUCGCGCUGAAGAUCGACCUGACCGAGGCUCGGGUGCAGGUUUGGUUCCAGAACCGGCGCGCCAAGUUCCGUAAACAGGAGCGCGCCGCCAACUCCAAAGGAGCGACCGCCGGCGCCAACAGCUCCGCCGGCAAGAAGUCGGGCGAGAACCGCUCUUCCUCGGAGGACGACGAGUCUAAAGAGUCGACCUGCAGCCCGACGCCCGACAGCACGGCGUCUCUCCCCGGCUCCGGGAACAUGGGCAGCCCCGGGGCCAGCAGUCUCAGCCCCAGCCCGGUCUCGGGUUCCUCGGCCGCCUUCUCCAACGCCUCCAUCUCGCCCUCCAUCCACCAGGGCCUCAAGAGCUCGCCGUGGCCCAGCACCGUCCAGACCCAGGACCUGCUGAAGGCCUGGCAGCCGGCGGACAGUAUGGCGUCCGGGCCCUUCGCCGGCGUCCUGUCCUCGUUCCAUCGGAAACCCAACACAAUCAAGACCAACCUGUUCUAGAGACUCGGCUCCGUGCGUCUCGGUUCUGUUCUGUCCACGGAUUUGUGUAGAGCUGGACUCCGGGGCCCGUAUUCACGAAACAUCUGAAAGUAGAAUUAGGGUAAUCACGCACUCUUUAAAAGAAAGGUGCCUCGCGAUGACCACCUUUUCGAGGUUCUUCAGAUUACGGUUCUUCACCAAAAAUGCUUCUUCCGUGGCGUCGCUUUUCUUUUUAAGAGCACGGGAGGUAGUGAUAUCACAUUCAUUUAACCAUUAAUUCAGAUGUUUGUGACACGAAGCUCUCCAAGAAAGACAGUCAACAAAAUAAGGCCAUAAAUAGAUUUUAUUUGCAUCUCUUUAACUAAAUGAAACCGCGCUCGGUGCUCUUUCUUGAGUCGUAUCUCUUUGGGUUGGUUCUUGCGUCCGGUUUGGUUUUCUUGGCAUGUAUGAAGCACGCACGUACGAGAAGCUGAACAUUUAAUUGUUUAAUCAACAAAAAAAACAAAUCAGCCAAUCACCGUGUGCAUAGUUAAUGAGCUCGAUGACGUCAUCCGUAGCCCCGCCCCCUCGGCUCUGAGAACAGAUGCUGUGUGAAUACAGGCCCUGACGCUUCAUUUACUGUCAUGUCGGCGCUUCUGAUGUGUGUGUGUGUGUGUGUGUGUGUGUCUGUGUAGUCCAUUAUUUGUGUUCAUCGGGUCCGUUUCCUCUGAUUUUCGCCGUAUAGAUCGACAUCAGCUUCCCUUGAAUCGUCAGUAAAUGGGUUCCUCGUUUCCUCUCAAACGAAGGUCUAGAGACGCUGGUCCUUCAGAACGAGAAGCCAAUCGAGUUCUUCAGGAAGAGACGUCCGCUGCGGAGG